CCGAAACAGAAGUACAUGUAGACUCCAAGUUGUCAUAUCAAGAGUCCCGAGGUGGCCGGGGAAGCUGACUCAGCAUCUCCUGUUUCAACCCUCCAGCUGAACUCAUCGCCUGACAAUAGCUUCAAGACCGACAAUAUUCCACUUUACUUGAAACCUGUGGACAAACACCAAUGGGUGCAGUCAAGGCCCUUCUCCAAUGAGUCUGACAAACCCGCCCUCCUCCGGCUCUCUCUCUGCCCGAACCAGAGUCAGCCAGAACUUGAAACGCAGUCUGCAGGCCACUGAUGAUGCCAUCGAGUCUCGGAGACCUGGUGGAUAUACCAGCAAGGUCCGCGUUCGGGAUCGAUAUCACAUCGUAGGUUUCAUCAGCAGCGGAACCUAUGGCCGAGUCUACAAGGCUCUCGGCAAAAACGGCAAGAAAGGAGAGUUUGCCAUCAAAAAAUUCAAGCCUGACAAGGAAGGCGAGACGAUCCAGUACACGGGUCUGUCACAGUCAGCCAUCCGUGAAAUGUCACUAUGUACAGAGCUCUCGCAUCCAAAUGUCGUCCAAUUAGAGGAAAUCAUCCUCGAAGACAAAUGCAUCUUCAUGGUCUUCGAAUACACGGAGCAUGAUUUGCUCCAGAUCAUCCACCAUCACACUCAACCCCAAAGGCAUGCCAUCCCGGCACGUAUGGUCCGAUCCAUCCUGUUCCAAUUACUGAACGGGCUACUUUAUCUACACACCAACUGGGUUCUGCAUCGCGAUUUGAAACCAGCAAACAUCCUCGUCACCUCAAGCGGAGCCAUCCGAAUCGGCGAUUUAGGACUCGCUCGUUUGUUCUACAAGCCACUCAAUUCACUGUUCUCCGGCGACAAAGUCGUCGUCACAAUAUGGUAUCGGGCACCAGAGCUACUGCUAGGAAGUCGCCACUAUACUCCUGCUGUGGACAUGUGGGCAGUGGGUUGUAUCUUCGCCGAACUCCUCUCCCUACGACCAAUUUUCAAGGGCGAAGAAGCCAAAAUGGACAGCAAAAAGACAGUCCCCUUCCAGCGCAAUCAAAUGAUGAAGAUUGUCGAAAUCCUUGGCCUUCCCCGCAAAGAGUCCUGGCCGGGCCUGGUCUCUAUGCCCGAAUAUUCCCAGCUCCAGUCCCUAGUGCUCCACCGACAACCUUCACAUUUCCACCGUGGCUCAAAUCUCGAAGGCUGGUACCAGAGCUGCCUGAAAAAUGGCGGGUACAAUUCUACCUCAAGUGCUGGUACACCCGGCUCCGAUGGAUUUGAUCUCUUGUCACGGAUGCUUGAAUAUGACCCGGCAAAGCGGAUCACCGCCGAAGAGGCCCUCGAGCACCCCUACUUUGCCAAUGGAGGCCCAAUCAGCGGUAACUGCUUUGAGGGUAUCGAGGGUAAAUACCCCCAUCGUCGGGUCAGCCAAGAUGACAACGAUAUCCGCACUGGCAGUCUUCCCGGUACCAAGCGCAGUGGACUACCGGAUGAUUCGUUGAUGAGAGCCUCAAAACGCCUUAAGGAAUAAUAUACUUCUUUGUUGUACAUUUGCAUUGGUCUUUCAUUGGUCUUUUUCAGAGCGUGUGACGGACUGGUCGUGAUAUCUACAUCAUCAUAACGUGACAUAUUGAGUUUCGGCGUUUCAGUUACUAGCGAAGUUGGGUUUAUGAUUUACGUUGAAAUCCAUUCUGG